AUGGGAGUCAACGACGAACGACUUCCUCCCGAGUUAGCAAAGUUGAUCAACAAAAGAGAUUCUGCCAAAAGGUCUAUGGACUCGAUUAAAACAUUCAUAGACAAGUAUGACCCUGCCACUAAAUCUCUGAACCAACUUCAAACUAGACUGGACAGUCUAAUGCAAUACAGGUCCAAAUAUGAAUCCUGUCAAGAUGAUAUUGAAAAUCAUACAGCAGUAGUUACGGUUGAAAUGCUAGAUCACAGGACUGGUGUUGAUGAUUUUUUCUGUUCACUUAAAGCUGAGAUUUUAGAUAUAAUUGAGCGCUAUUCUAAGGUUCCAUUCAACACCUCAAGUACACCAUCGCAGCCUAUCAUUCGGGAUUCCAUGAAACUGCCAUUCAUUCCUGCUCCUACCUUUGAUGGUGAUCUACAAAAAUGGGUAUCAUUCCUUGACGCAUUCAAUGCUAUGUUUCAUUACAACCAAGGAUUAUCUGAUGUACAGCGUUUACACUAUUUGAAAUCUUGUCUGGUCGGUCCGGCUGCGGAAGUAAUACGUACCAUUCCAACAACUGAUGUAAAUUAUUCCACAGCCUAUAAUGCUCUAAUUGAAAGAUAUGAGAACAGGUCACUUAUUAUCCAGUCGCAUAUACGUUCGUUGUUCCAAACACCGCAAGUGCACAAGCCUGCUGCCAAUGAGUUACGGCAACUACAUCACCAUGUUGUAUCACAAGUCAAUGCUCUGAAGGCACUUGAUCAGCCGGUGGAGCAGUGGGAUGCAUGGCUGGUAACCUUGUUGUGUUGCAGAUUGGACCCAACCACCGUCGGCGAAUGGCAACUAUUACAGUCAACCAAAAAUCUUCCUAAAUUUAGUGACUUAGAAAGGUUCUUAUCAAAUCGUGUGUCAGCCUAUGAAGUUGGUGAAGCAGGUAACCAGUCAACCCAGUAUAAACAUUUGUCUAUUGGUACUCGUCCAGUCCAAAAAAGAGUUCUAUUUACCAAGCAAACUGAUAGUCCACCCUUUAAAGAUAGAAAAUGUUUGGUGUGUUCUCAGCAGCAUCGUGUAUCAAGCUGUGACGUAUUUAAUAAAAUGUCUCUGCCUGAGCGCCAAGAUAUAGUUUUCAAAAACAAGCUAUGUUAUAAUUGUCUAUUUCCUGGCCAUCAAGUCCGUCAAUGCCGUGGUGAUAACUGCAAUAAAUGUGGAAAACGGCACAACACUAAACUACAUAACGAUGCACCAUUGAAUUAUCAUAACCCGGUGGAUAAACCGUCAUCAUCGUCACCGGAACAGUCUAUUGUAGCCUACGUCGAACAAGAUAACAAGUCCAACGUUAUUAAGCAGAUCAUAUUAGCUACUGCCCUAGUUAAUUUAGAGAAUGCAGUUGGGCAACGAGUUCAGUGUCGUGCAAUUCUAGAUUCUGGUUCUCAAGUUUGCCUAAUAACCAGAGAGUGUACAUCCAGACUAAAAUUAAAUGUUGUCAAUAGCUCAAUAUCUAUAGCAGGCAUAGGGUCAAUCACUACCAAGACGGGCACCAUGAUUAGUACUACAAUGUGUUCCAGAAUAAAUGGUUUUAAAGCAUUUAUCAACUUCCAUGUCAUAAAUUCUAUCACCAACAGAUUGCCCAGUCAUUGCAUUAACAUAGAACCAUUAAAUAUUCCACACACUAUUAGUGAUUGUUUAGCUGACCCUCAUUUUAAUGAACCAGCUUCAGUUGAUAUUUUACUUGGAGCAGAGGUAUUUUUUGAGUUAUUUAAUGGAGAAAAAAUGAAAGUUAGUCCGCUUGUUACUCUUCACAACACUAAUCUUGGUUGGAUUUUCGCCGGAUCAAUUCCAAUUAACACAAUGCUAUCACCUCCAAAUAGUUUAUUUUCAAGUAAUUGCAAUCAAUCAGCUAUAGCGUUGUUCACCCAGACCUACUCGAAUAAGUUCUCAUCUGAAAUUAAGGCCGAAGAUCACUUUAAAUGUAAUGUGUCUCGUGACAAUCUUGGUCGAUUUGUUGUAAAAUUACCAUUCCUUCAAGACCCAUCAGUGCUGGGUGAUUCAAGAUUUAUGGCUCAGCAACGAUUUUAUAAUCUUGAGCGCAAACUGUCAAAAAACCCAACACUGGCUGCAGAUUAUAAAACAUUCAUGAACGAAUAUCUUGAAUUGGGACACAUGGAGUUGGCUCAUAAAACUGAUGGUCCUACUUAUUACCUUCCCCAUCAUUCUGUAUUUAAAUCAAACAGUUUAACUACAAAAAUGCGUGUUGUUUUUGAUGGGUCUGCUGCCACUAAGUCCGGUCAUAGUCUCAAUGAUAUAUUGUUAUGUGGACCGACUGUUCAACCUGAGCUAAUAUCUAUUAUCUUAAGAUUUCGUAUACAUAAAGUCGCUCUUACCGCCGAUAUAGCCAAAAUGUACAGGCAGAUACGGGUUUCGCCAGAAGAUUGUGACAUGCAACGAAUAUGCUAUAGGGAAAGCCCUGCUGAUCCAUUGAAAGACUAUAGGCUACUAACAGUAACUUAUGGGACUAGGGCCGCUUCCUUCCUAGCCACUAGAUGUUUGCUUGAGCUGAGUUACAGCGUCACCAAUCAUGCAACACAGCGUGCUAUCCAACAAGACUUUUAUGUUGAUGAUUUACUGAGUGGUGGUCAAGAUGAAGCUGAGUGUUAUGAAUUAUUUCAAAAUCUAUCAAACGAACUCAACAAGGCCAACCUACCUCUUCGAAAAUGGUGCUCCAAUUCAAAAUUAAUAAUGUCAAAAAUGUCCAUUCCUGAAAGUGAUCCUACUUACCUGCUGUCAAUUAAUGAGGAAGAUACUGUCAGCACGCUAGGUCUCACUUGGCAGCCAAGUAAUGAUUGUUUUAAGUUUGUUUUUAAGGAUUUGUCAAGGCCGUUGCACAUGACUAAAAGGACAUUACUCUCUAACAUAAAUAGUGUAUAUGAUCCGGUGGGAUUCCUAACACCAGCCCUGAUUCGAGGAAAGAUAUUCAUGCAACAUUUGUGGUCUUCAAAGUUAAACUGGGACACACCGUUAUCCCCUGAUCUGCAAACCAAAUGGACAAAUUUCUAUCAGAGUCUCCAGUCUCUUGAACAACUAUCGAUUCCACGUCGAGUUCCAUUUGAUAAUGUUACAUCAGUGCAAUUGCAUGGCUUUUGUGACGCAUCACAAAAUGCCUUUG